AUGGAAAAGGCGACCAGGGUGUUUGAGGGCUGUACUUGGACUGGCUUUGGGACCACUCCUAACCUGAUCUCUUUUGACGAGCUCCGGAUAUUGGCCGAGGGCUUCUAUGAAAGUGGGCAUCCUCUGCUGAACGAUUAUAGCUUGGUCGAGAGGCUGCUGGCGAGAAAGAGGGAGGUGGCUGCUGUUUGCCCCUUUGCCGUCUUGCAGGCCAUGCUGCUUCAGAGUGAGCGGCUGCUUGUCAGCAUCUACAGAAGUUCGGCCGAAAGCGCAGAUGUUCAUGCCAUACAGUUUAGCGAAGCUUCUCAGCUGAACCUCGAGUUCAACCUGCUGCAAGAAUGGCUUCGGGAGCAGCUGCGACUGAACAGGAGCGACAGGAGCGAGCUGUCGUCGAAAUGGCCCUUGGCGAAGGGCUGGCGGAGGGUCGGGCGCUACUACGAUUUGCUCUGGCAGGAUGUCUACGACUCCCAGGAUGCCUGGAGCAGAAUGGAAGGAGAGAAAAGCGUCUCGGACGAGGAGUACCACAAAUUCUUUUUUGAUGUCGUCGACACUUUCGAGGCCCUCGACGCGGAGUGGUGGCCCUGCAGGGGCACCUUGAUCGCUUUCCUGCGGCACGGGGCGCGGAGUGGCAGCUUGUCGAAGAAGAAGGAUGUGGUGGACCAGGACAUCGACGUGAUGCUCGGCGUGGAGGACGAGGCAAGCUUCGAUGAACUUGGGCGAUCCGUGGAGACCUUGCUGAGGAAAAAAGGCUGGGACCGUUGCUGGACGAAAAGCUCCCAAAGCGCCCAAAGCUUCGAAACUGGCGCCCUGCGCCGGGAUCUGCUGUACUGCGUGCACACGGGCCCGCCCUACAUGAUGCUCGACGUGACGUCCUACGUAACCCUAAGUCACAGGGAGCCUCAGAUACCGUACGUCUUUGUACACCGGGUCUGCGGGAAGGGCCUUUUGAAGGGCCUUCAGGCCGGUGUGGAUGCGAGGACUGGAGAGCGCUGCGUGGUUCCGCCCAAGCUGGGACCGCUCCAAGAGGCCAACGGCGGCUUGGCGGUGCUCUUUAAAGAGGCGAUCUAUCCUUUGAAGAAGUGCAAGGCCUUGAGGCGCUCCAUCCCCUGCCCCAACAAGCCCCUGGAGACCCUCAUCGCCAUGUCACACAGCGGCCUCUCCACUUCCUGCAUUGCCCUUCCGGACACGAAAGGUCGCGAAGACGACCCUUUCACGAGGCAGUUGGCCUCGGAGGGCCUCAACUCGGAGGACGUCCGGAUUCUGCAAGACCGGGCGCAAGAUCUGGAACGCCAAGGUUUCCAGUCGAUGCUGCCAUAUUUUGGCAACUGCAGCUUGGAAACUCCUCAAAAAAACUGCGCAGACGUGCGCCCUGAGAUCGGAAGUGCCCGAGCCUCCCCGGCCGUUGCCUACACUCCCCCCACGAUCUCCCCAGCAGUCGGUUCAGACGCCCUGAGCUCAGCGAUGAAGAGGGCCCAGGCCGGCCUCCACUCCUUGGCGUCUUUGCACUUCAGUCAGGAGUUUCCGGAAGUGAGACAGCCAGUGGCGCCCGCUCAGCCAGUGGCGCUCGACGACUUGCGGCCCACACAUGCCGAGCAAUACGCGAAGGUGAAGGCGCAGGACGAUGUCACAGGAGAGGAUUCCACGGUGCUCGUCUUCUCGGACUGUGCCGACGAACCGGCAGCCAAGAAUCUCCACUUCGAAGCGAAAGGAGGAACCUACCUCUUCCAGCUAGGGCGGCAGUGCGCUCAUCCGGACGACAGCCCGGAAGCCUCCUCGGAGCCGCGUUUGGCCUUCCCUGCGGACUGCAGCUCCAACAGGCACGUCCUCAGCUUCCAGAAGCUUGCGGAGGACGAGCAGCUUCCUGGUUUCCUCAUUCAGUUCGUGGGAGGUGCCGUGGAGUACUGCAUCCAUCCGUACCAGGGAAGUGAGAGUCCAAGCGACGGCACGGAACUCAUCAAUCACGUGCAGUGCGACCGAGGUCGCAGGGCCCUGAGAUUUCGCGUGGGUGAUCCGGAGCAGCUCGCCAAGGAGGCACGGAGCAGCCGCAGCAGCUGCGUCCAAGUCCUAGACGGAUGUGCCAUGGAUCCUGCGGCAAAGGCCCGAGCCUUCUACGAGAAUGCCCGCCUGCGAAUGUUCUUCCAUGCUGAGAACGGCGAGACCAAGGAGUUCGAGAUGUGGCUGGAUGCUUUAGAGAACCCGAACGUCAAAGACGACUUUGGGAGAACGUGCUUGCACAUUGCGGCACUCAUGGGCCACGUAGAGAUUGCCAAGAUGCUGCUUGACAGUCGGGACUGUAACCCAAAUGCCAUCGACGACCACGGAAGGACGCCGCUGCGAGUUGCCCUCGCUGACUCGGCCAAAGAGUCCACCCGAGCUGGCCGACUCGAGAUUGCCGAGCUCCUCAAAGAGCACCGCGGGACCGAUGCCACUUCCUACACGCGGGUCUAUCCUACCGGAACGGAGCCUCAGCUGAAGAAGGCAUUGGGGAACCCGUUGAUCCCCGUUCUGCAAGAGGAACCGUGCUCUUACUUCGGAGAGGGCAAGUCGCAGAGUUCGCGGCCGGGGAGACCUUGCAUCCCACCUCCGCCUUUCUGGCCGUACACUGGUGUGACGGAGUGGCGAACAGAACUCGGCCGGCGCAUUCUGGGCGCAGUGACGCCCACGGAGGACGUCUCAGAGGCCAAGUGCGGCGGCUAUUUCUUGCUGGGUGACCAGACGUGGUGCAACCGGGCCUUCGAUGGCAUCCCGGCGAACAAGAAGCAAGCACUCUGCAAAGAUUUGUCGCGGAUCUCACUGCAAGGUAGCCACGGCUACGGGCAGGUGGGCUUGUCCUUCGGCAUCGAG